CGUCGACCCAGAUAACGCUCCGAUUCCUUGUUCGCCCGUAAUUCAGUAUCGCGGAUUGUUUCACUGAGAGUAACAGAAACUUUCAACGGCUGGAAAUAGGCAACGGCAUGAGUGGCUACGAAGCUCCCCCAUGGGCGGUCAAGCCCUCCGUCUCCUCUGGCUGGAAGCUGAUCGAGAUCAAAAGCGGAGUGCAAGUCAACGCGUACAUACUAGAUCAACAGCCCUGUACUCUUCUAGGCCGAGCUGCCGACCAGGUUGAUGUUGUGCUCUCUCACGAAUCGUGCUCGCGAUGGCACGCACGGAUCGCCUUUGAUGCGGUGAGCGAAAACCCCUGGCUUCGCGAUCUCGCCAGUGCCCACGGAACAAUCAUCAACAAGCAAAAACUCCCGGCAAUCGCUUGCGGGAAAACGGAAAGUCGAGCCACAACACCCGGCGCGCGGGGCGUAUUGCUUUACCCCGGGGACGUGUUGCAGUUCGGCGCAUCCUCGCGCAUAUUUUGUGUCGAAGGUCCCGAGAACUGUUCGCGUAACAGUGCACUGAAUAAGUUACACCGAUCUCAGCGUACGAAACCGCCUAAGGAUACGGAUGACCCCUCCUCUCUUUCCUCCAUCCGUGUGAACGAGCAUCGUCCUGGGGAGCAGGAUCACUCGCCGACAUCGCACGAAGGGCCACCCACAACGUUGGAUUUGGAGGGACCCCCACCGGCAACGCAUCGGGCAGAUUGGGAUCGAUUGCGGGCCAUACAGUACAAGCUCGACAACCUACAGCAAGAAUCGGAAAGAAUACGCGCCAAAGUUGAUUUAACGGAUGGUCAAACACGCCAACUAGAACGCAACGAAAGUCGGGAGCGACAGCUGAGGGGAGACUUUGCAACGCUCGAAUCAGAACUGAUCCCCAAACUUUUCCCAUCCGCGAAACCCUCGGCCACUAAACUCUCCACCGAAGCUCAAGAGUUUCUACGUGAAGAUGAAGUGGACGAUCGUACAUGCGAAUCCAUGGACAACGGCACCUUGGAACUCGAUCCAACGGGCGAAACUGAGCAAUCGUUGACACAAAAGUGGAAAACUAUGGUUCUGCUGUUGCAAGCGAAUGUAACAGAUUCCACUCGUGCAAGGCAAAGGCUCUCCCUCGUCGAGGAGAAAUUGUCGCGUUUGUUGGAAGCAGGUGACGAGGAAUCCUUUUUUGUCCAAAACGACGCUAAGAUCGCCAAAGAAUCAGUCGACAAGCUCGAGAGCGAAUCCCAGCACAUCAGCAAAAGCAUGUUGGAAGUUAAGCGGUUGCUUCACGUUGUCAAUCCAAAACUUUACACCGACGAAACGACGGGGUACAUUGGUACACGGACUCAAACACGACUUCCGCCACCAAAGACCGACGAGAGCGACAUAAGUUCAUUUCUGGAGGACGAAUCCUUCGUCAUGCCACCACCUGCUCUCCCGCAGUCGUCACCACCGCCGCAGACGAAUGUUGACUCGUCGCCAGCAAUCCACGAGAGGCGAGAAAUCGAAGACGGUACGCUGACUACCAUGCUACUCCCUCCUCCACCCGCCAAAAAAACACGGGUUGUGGGGCCCAGUAUGCCGGCUCCAUACGCUCGAUCGAAAGUCGCGCCGCCAUUGGGGACACUGGCGAUGCUAUCGGCCGCAACAAGCAAUCACGCAGUGGUUGCAAAAUCGAGAAGCCGAGGACAGUCAAAGGAAAAGUCGGAGAAAGAUAGUGCCAUUAGAAAAGCUGCAUCGAUGGAAGACGGCAAUAUAGAUGUUUGGCAAGCGCCGAAAGACCAGGACGGUAGCGGUCGUACGAAAUUGAAUGCUAAGUUUGCCGGUCGCUACUAG